UUUGGUUUUUCUUCCUUCUUGGUAAUUUACCUCCGGUAGUGACGAGAGCGAGGCGAUUCAGAUGAUACUAUUUUUUUUACUUCUAGUGAUGAUACCUAAGCUAAUCUAGAAUCUGAGAGGCUGUUUAAAUUUAACGCAAGAAAAUAAGAAAAUAUUAUCUAAGGAGAAAACAAAAAUAGAGAAAUUGAACAAUGGUAGUAAUGACAAUGUUUUUAUAGUUAAAUUUCAAAGUGGUAAACGAGAAUAAAUCUUUUUUUAAGUUCUCGAAAAGAAAGUAAAUAUAUAAAUCAAUUGUAAAGCAAACAAGCAAAAAAAAACUCACAAAAUAAUGUUACCCUUUAAUAUUCCUGAAUCAGCAUGCGUCCUAAAGAAAAGCUCGUUUCUUCUUUUUCUAAGUCAACAAAACAAAUUGAAGUUAAAAGAAAAUCAAUUUUGAAAAUCAUUUCACAUUUAUCAUCGUAAGUAAGAAAUCUAAUUCUCAUUCGAAGGCAGACUAGACGUUUUUUGAAGAGCGAGGAAACAAAACUAUCAUUAAGCAGCGAAACAGCUAAAUCAUCCAGAUGCAAAACAACUUAUUAAAGAAAAGCUUUAAAAUCUUCCAAAGACUUUCCCACAUACUUACAUACACAUACAUACAAACACACAUAAACAUACAGAUAGACAAACAGACAGGAAAAGAAACAUUUGUGUUUUGGCUUUCCUCUAGCAUCAUUUCGUCUCUCUUGGGGUACGAAUUGCGAACUUUUAUUCUGUUCUCUCUGUUGUCUUCUAAUAUUCCCCCUGUUGAGGGGCUUUCGAUACUGAAUCGAUCUGUCAAAAUCAAGUGACAUCUGUUUUCUCGGCAGGAAAACAUACGUACGCCUCUCCUUCCCAGAAAAAUUAACGACUUUGAUUUUAUUAUCUCGCAAGAACGAAACACAGAGGAAGUAAUAGUUAAGACUAUUUUAUGCAUAUCAAAUCUUUGAAACCAAGAAAAAAAAUUAAAAAUAACGAACAUUCAGCAGACUUAGUAAAUAAACAAACCCCAAAAAUAAAAAAAGAAACUAAUCAAAGUUCUGCGUAUUGAAUAGCGAAAAGUGUCUGUGAAAAAUAAAUUGAUAGGAAAUGAAGUGGUCGGCUUCGGCAGUUACUUUCGUUGUCUUCGUGGCGCCGAGCUCUGCGUGUUUUGAUGCGACGAAUCCUAACUAAAAAAACACACACACACACACACAGAGAAACAUAAGAAGGCUCGAUCAAAGUAGCCUGAUAGACUGAUGAAUGCGAGAGUAUAGAAAAAAAAAGCUCUCCGAACUGUGGGUAAAAAUGGUCGCUCGUGAGGUCAAAACGCGUGGUGCCUUCGGUUGUGUCAAGGGAAGAAACAUUUUCCGCCGUCUUUCGUGUUUGAGUUGGCUCUCCUUGCAAAAUGAACCAGAGCUAGGUUUUUCUAUUCGCCCGUUAGAACUGUUGUAAAGGAUAAAAUAAAGCACACACACACCACUCACAUUAUUACACAGAAUAUGUCAAUUACAUAAAACAAGCAAUGAAUGCAAAGAAAACAACUGAGAGAAGUUUUGAGCGAUGAGGCGGCGAACAUCGGUAAUCACACUGAGGGAAGAGUGAAGGAGUAGGCUAAUUUGUUGGUUUUUCGUUUCGUUGCAAUGGUUUUUGUGUUCACUAAGUACUUUUCUAGUGGCGCACUUUAUCAUCAACAACAAAAAAAAACAACAGCCGAGAGCGCGAGUUAAAAGUAAGAUAGAAAAAAAUGUUUGAAAUUUCCGUUUGAUCCCGGACACAUUAUCACAGACGUUCUUAUGAAUAAUUAAAACUGAAUCAAGGAUACUCUUACGAUCGAGAGGCGAAAUGCGCGUGAUCAGAAAAUUAAAAUACAUACAUCCAAAUCGCUCACACUGAAUGACAUCAAUUGAAACAAAAAAAAACGGUAGUAUGAGGCGUUCCAUGAGUAGAAAUAUUUUUUGCUUGAAUUAGGGCAUAACUUUGUAGGUUCAAACAAUAAUAAUGCAAAUAAUUAGAAGAGAGGAAACAAAAAACUUAGAUAGUCCUUAAUCAAUCAAUGCAACCCGAUUUCCGCGGCUUUCGGAGGACACAGACACACAUCGUGCUAACACACACAUAAUGAACAUACGCCACAUCCUUUUAUCCGCCAUAAGUAGCCGAAAGCAAAACUAAACGAAAAUUUAAUGAAAACAGAAUGAAAAAAAAUGUUCAAAGCUGCUCUCUUUUCGUAAACAUUUUCUUUUAGGAUUUAUUUGAUUCCUUCAGCCCUGAGUGAAAUAGUUGUAUGAUCUUUUCGAUAAUCUAAUGAAUCACAACAACAACAACCAAAACAUAACGAGCUGAUAAUUGUUAAGGACAAAAAAUGAUGACAACCUACAACAAAAAAUGCUUGUUUAAAUCUUCCAUGAAUAGAAUUUUAGAAAAAAACAACGUAAAUUAAUCAAACGGCGAGUCUAAAUAAUGUAAAAAAAGCUGCAGCAAAAAAAACGUAGCUGUCUCUCACUGGCUCGACUAAUCAUUUUUAAAACUCUCUUAAUUUAGCUUUCACUUUCACACAGAUUAGUAGAAUUCGUAAAACAAUGAACAUGCGAUUAAAGCUAUAUUUGAAUUAAACUAAAUUAUCACCGAGAAGAAAGAGGGAAAACACAACAACCAAGACUCUUAUGACUAACGUGUAUAAAAAAUAUCCUGCUAGAAAACAAAAAAGGCAAACAACUGAAAGAUAACUCACAUUCUCUUAGCUAAACUAAAGCAACAAAAAAUAGGAAACAGUGCAGAAACCAAACCGAAGGAGCAUUCGUGUCGGAGCUUACGGAUACAACGCACUCCAGCGGAACUCCAGUUUUAAUUUACCAACUACAAGUAACUACGGUGUACGUAAACCUAACCACACACUCAAACACACAAACAAACAUACAAACGCAAACUGAACCAAACGCGUUCUUCUUAAUCCGUUUGGGGGGAAAAUCCAGUACCGAUUGUAUGUAACUCUGCCAAAGAUGGACAAACGAAAACCAAAUCACACCACCAAUCACACACGUUUUGGAGAAGCUAACAGCAAUACUCGAACUGAUUUGGAACGUAUUAAAUUUGCAAACUUUCUCUCAAACACACAACUCACUCACACGUACACGUACACGGCAGGAGCAGCAAGCGAGCGGCAACUGAAACCACAGUCGAACGAACCGAAGGGGAGAAGUGCACCAAAACGCAGAUUAAGAAGACGAUAGGGAUAUUUUUGUAUUUAGCAGAAAGCAGAGAACAACAAAAAAAAACACGGAAAAACAAAAACAAUACUGUGCUAUUGUAGUAUUAAAGAAUAAUUAGAAAUAACAGCAAAAAAAACGGUAAAUCAUAAGAAUGAAACAAAAAAAAGUCACACUGUGUAAAUAUGAAUGGGGCAAAAGAAAAAUCGGAACAGAAAAAAAACUGAAAAAUCUUCUCAAGCAAAAGAAAGGAUGAUCGAGAGGUUAGGUGGGAAAGUGACGCGCAGGCAUUGUAAAGUUAUUAACACAAGAGGAAAAUAAUACCAAAGAAUCAUUAAGAAAAGGAUAUAUUUUUUUACAUGAAAAAUAAUUAAUUGAUUGAAAAUUAAACAACAUAAAAAUCAGGCGUAUAAAGAGUUUUUUACCCGCUUUUUCCAAAAUUUGAGAAAAUGAAGAAAAACCAAAAAAAAAUACAUGCUGAGAUAAUAUUGUUCUCUUUAAGAGAAUUUGUAUAGUAAAACGGUUUUAUUAAAUCAUAUAAUGUGAUAGUUAAUUAUGUAUUUUUUUAGAACAAGAGAAAAGAAGAAAAGAAAUCCUCUUCCAAAAACCUACUCAAAAGAAUAAACAUAAAAUAAAAACACGCGACGUAUCGUUAGAACGCAAAUAAGCAAAACAAAACAGAAAAAAACGGCACCCUAGCUAAGGGAUAGUACGAUUUUCAUUAGUUUUCACUGAUCCCUCUCAUUGGUAGGCUGAAUUGUUUGAGAAUUUCACUCUUCAUUUCCAAUACCGGUUAGAUUUUCAGUAAACAAGCUCUCGUUUCACUCUGCGGUUCAGUUUUUCCACAAUGUCGAUAGUUGAAUAUUGAAACAAGCAAGCAAGCGUAAAAGAAAUGUAAAAACUCUUACAUUCUUGUAGAAAACAAGAAAAAAUCCAUCUAUAGCUGGCCCUAUAGUAAAUUACGAAUUAAUAUGUCCAGAGAAAAAAAAUAGUAAAAGAAACAACCUGUCUAGAAAUGUUUUUUUUUUAUUUCACUUACCUUCAUACACACAACACUGCAUAGGAAACGAUGUAAAGCAAACAAAGUGCUAUUGGUGAGCGUCAGAGAAAAGGAGCAGAUACACAAUUCACAGUUAAGAUUCAACCACGGAACGAUUUAUUUCAUUUAUGUUUUUGUAAAGCAUUGCAAUAGAACCAAAAACCAACCAUACAAGACUCCAUACAACAACAAAACAAAAAAAAACUGACAGCAAGAGCAACACACUAUUGCUACCACUACUAAACUACUAGUACUGCUACUAAUCAACCACAGAGCGGAAUGAGGGAGGAAAACAAUGGCGGAAAGGCAAACUCCUUCCAAUAGCGAACGAGGUGGGGGGGAAAGCUCGAGAAACCAAACAAAGCAAAAAAAACGUGGUAAAUUUAAAACUUCUUUUGAUAAAUAUAUUUAAAAUCGUAAAAAAGUAUUACAGACGGUUGCGAAAAAAAGAAUUCAAGAAAUAUAAAAAUAUUGCUCCUGCCAUACAUUUUUUAUAAAAAAAAUAUAACUAACGAUAAGGUUAAAAAAAGGAUAGUCAUACCGCUAAAUGUGGCAUAAGUUAAAGACAAUUUAGUUUAAACACAAUAAUAUUACAAUUCUAAAACAAAUUGGAAACAAGAGUAAACAAAAAAUCAACACAGCAGUAGCAGUAAAUGAGAGGAGGCUUUUUAAUGAAAACAAACAACAACAAAAACAAAUCUAGAUGAGAGAGGAAAAAAAUUUCAGCCACUUUACAGAAAACCGUGAACACCAUAUAGAACAAGUAAAAGAAAAAUAAAACAUAGUUGAAGGUUGCCAAAGAGACAAAAAUCAGAUAUUUGCGAAUAUUAGAGAAGAAAAAAAAUAUGAGGCGAAGAGGAGAAAUAGCAAUGUGAUUAAAAUACACGCGCGCGAGUUUUAAUAUUAUGCUCCUCGUGCCGAGCGAGCUGUAAACCCGUAAUCAGCAUUCGAAAAAAAUGAAAUUAUCGGCUGCAAAUAGUUUGCUAAAUUUGACCGCGAAUUUUAUCUCACUAUCACUGUUCAUGUAAAAAUCACCCACAAAAACACAACACUCUUUCCACUUGCAGAAGUGCAAACAUUCUCACACACACACAAACUGUCGCACCCCAAAGGCCUGCUGCGUCGUGCGCAAUAACAGAAAGCUGUCACACGAAGCGAAUCUCGUUGUGCAAAUACACUGUAAAAAAUAUUUUUCCCGCAUAACUAACGCUCUUUGAACAAACGAACAUACAUAUUUGCAACUGCUUCCCCUUAAUGGCUCGUAAUGAAUGAAGUGUUGCAGAAUAUGACAAAAAUGACAAUAGCAAAAUCAUACUCUUCGGGAGAGGAAUAAAAACCCUAAUGAUUUGUCAUCCAUAUUUUUUUUUAUUUCCGAUCGUUUUGUUUUCGACCAAACCAAAAAUAACAGCAUCGAUUACAUAUUAUAAGGCUGAAAAUACACGUGUUUAUAGGCUAACGAACAAACAAAAUGCAAACUGAUACGCCCGCUCCCAAACGAAAAACAUAACCCACUAAACCAAAUGUCGAAUUCUGGUCCACCGUCCGUUGGUGUCGUUUGUCGACCCCAUUUUGGCGACGUCUUCUCUAAAUUUUCUGUAAAAUUCGAAACAAAAGUUAAAAAAUAAUGACAAUAAAGGAGAACACUGCACAAAUCGGUGUAGUUCUUCUGUUGUUUCAUUCGCUGGGUCGUUACAAUCAAACCCAGAAAAAAAAAAAUCUCGCACGAAAAAAAUGACCGCCGGCAAACGCAUCGACGGAGGCAAAAGAUCAGAACAAAUCGUCCGCUUUUUUGAAGCCAAUUGCAACCAAAAACAAACAAAGAAACAUGUGCUUAUUACAUCCUCGAAUCAUACGAUACAACGCAUACUCAAACACACACUCACUCACUCAGUCACUCACACGCAUACGGUCCACUAGGCCUUUCGUCUCAAAUCCCUCCAGAGUUAAUUCUGCAUGUUAUCAGAAAUCUACUGAACAACAGAAGGAAAACAAAACAAAUAACCAUGGAAUGUAACCAAAAAUUUAACGAAAACCAAUCGCCAGAAAGAAAAACAAACUUUACAGAACCAAAGUCACACUCACAGACACACACACACAUAAGUAUCUACCGAGAAAGAAAAACCAUACCAACAAUGGUAAUCACAAAUGUAAACAAGGUAUUUUGUGUGUGUGAAAAAAUAUAACAGCAACACAAACGAACAACAACAUAAAGGAAACGCUUAUUGUGAAUAAACAAUUUCAGACAAAGGACAACAAGCAAACAAACCUAACCAAGUGAAUUUAAAAGAAAGACAAACCAAAUUGCGCUGAAACCAAAAAAAAAACAACCAGCAAACCAAAAGUAGAGUGAAAUAAAAGGUCUAAGUCUAAGCGGAGAGUUCUAUUUUUCGAAUCGGUAACAACAACAACAACAACAACAACAACUAGUAGAACAAACUAAACCAGAACGUGCAGCCAACAAUAUCUCGUCGUUACGCAGAGGAAGCACAAUUGAGCAAAAAAAAAAUGAAGCGAAAGAAAAGAACGUUACACACGCUCUCUCUCCCUCUCUUAUAAACACACACACUCUCACAUCCAUUCACACGAAUUCGCUCGCCCACUCACUCGCGCAAUCGCGCCAUCCCGAGGUUGAGAGUGAGACAGGCGACAGGUGAGGGAAGGGAAAAAAGAAAGAAGGCAUAAGAGGGAGAAACAGAAAGGGAAAGUAAUAUAGUGUAAUCACAAGUUAAAUAAUAAAUUAAAAUUAUUAUUAUUAUUAUUAUUAUAUUACCAAAAACCAAGAAAUAAUUUCAAGAAA